AUGCCCGUCAAUAUUUGCGUGCUCGCCAAACAGGUCGUCGACCCUGAAAUGCCAGCCGCUGCGUUCCGGAUCGACGCCGACUCCAUGCGGGUGGUUCCCCCGCCCAACAUACCGCCGGUGGUCAACGGUUUCGACGAAAACGCCGUGGAAGCUGCGCUACGGAUCAAAGACGCCCAGGGCGCCAACAUCACCGUCAUCUCCUCCGGUACGGCCUUCGCCCUCGACGUCAUGAAAAAACCCCUUUCCAUGGGAGCCGACGAACUCAUCCUGCUGCAGGACGACUCCUUCAGCAAUACCAUUGACGCAUUCCUCACGGUGCAAAUGCUGACCGCCGCCAUCAACAAACUCGGCGGUUUCGACCUCAUCAUCUGCGGGCGCCAGGCGUCUGAUUGGGACAACGCUCAGGUCCCCCUGGGAGUCGCCGAAACCCUGGGCAUGGCCUGCAUAACCCUGGGGAAAAAAGUAGACGUUCAGGACGGCAAGGUAAUCGUGGAGCGUCUGGCGCCCGAUGGUUACGACGUGGUAGAAGCCCAACUGCCGGCAUUGGUAACCGUCAGCAACGAGCUGGGACAACCUCGUUACCCCACUCUGCGGGGCAUCAUGGCCGCCACUCGAAAGCGACCUACCGUGUGGACCGCCGGCGACCUGGACAUCGCCCCCGAUCGUUUGGAACCGCGCAUCACUCUUCACGACCUCUUCGUCCCCCAGCGCGAUCAGGCAUGCGAACUCAUAGAGGGCGAUGACGACGCCGAUGCAGCCCGCAAACUGGCCCUUCGCCUCCGCGAAGACCGCCUGAUCUAG